AUGCCUGUAAACUGCACCAACUUAAUUCGCACGCGUCGCAUUUCGCCUCGGAAAAAAUCAAAGGAUCGUGCGCAGGGCGUCGUGGAGAUAAGGGCCACCCGCUUCUUGCAAAAACUCACAUUCGGUCGUGUCCUCACCACCGCUAAUUUUUGUCUACUUCAAACAUCUCCACCCAUUGGCGCACAACGUACUCUCUUCCUCCUCAUCGCCAUGAGCAAGCAAAUAUUUGAAGAGGACGAUCUGACUUCGUCAGAAGAGCUCCAGUCGUGGGUUGCGACAUAUUGCCAGUUGUUUGGGCACGAGUUUUUUGCCCAGAUUCCUGCAGAGUACAUCGAGGAUGACUUCAACUUGACCGGGUUGGCCGCCAUCGUGCCAUACUACCGUGAGGCGCUCGAUAUGAUUCUCGACUACGAUUUCGACUCGGAGGAGGAAACCAAGCCUGCUGAUAAGCAGAGCCAGCUUCCGCUCAUUGAACACAGCGCAGAGUUGCUUUAUGGGCUCAUCCACCAGCGUUUUAUCCUCACAAAGCAGGGCUUGGGUCUGAUGGCGGCCAAGUUCGAGAGUGGCCAGUUCGGAAAGUGUCCGCGUGUUCUCUGUGAGCAGAUGCCGUUGUUGCCAAUGGGCAGACACGACCAACCGGGCAAGGAGACCGUGCGCUUGUACUGCGCCUGUUGCAACGAUAUCUACCUCCCGUCGUCGUCCAAGUACCUUAAUAUCGAUGGUAGUUUCUUUGGAACGUCCUUCCCUGGAAUGUUCCUCAAGGUUUUCCCCGAGGUGGCACGCAUGAUCAACAACCGCACGCAGAACGGCCAAUUCGAGCUCAAGUGCUUUGGGUUUAAGGUGAAUGAGGUGUCCGCAAGCGGUAGCCGCAUGAGGUGGUUGAGAAUGAGGCCGCAGACCGAGGCGGAGAUUGCGGAGUAUGAGCAGUGUGAGUUUGGCGCUCCGAGCGAGGUUGAUGGGAGCAGUAAGGAGACAAUGGUGAGUGAUGAUCAGAGUAUGUCCUAA